CGUGCAUAAACAAAACGUUUAGCUGUCAAAGUGGAAUCGAUGGUGGUGAAAGAAUUCGUGUAAAUCGCUAAAUAAAAGUGUAUUUUAGUGAAAAAAUGCUUCCCGAAGCGCUACUGAAGCGCCUUGCCAAGCGAGGAAUCAUCCAAAGCGAUGGCCAAGUGAAUCAGCAACAACCGCCAUCCGCAGCCCAAUCCCGGCAUCAUUCGGAGUCAUCCUCCGACAGUGACGACGACGACGACGAUGAUUCCAUGGAAGACCACCGAGGUGGUGCCGGUGGCGAUGCCGAUAACAUGAACAAUGAAGAAAUCAUUGCCGAGGAUUACGAUGAGGAUGAUCAGCAGGCGAACCCGGAAACGUUCGAGUAUCCGCUGCAGAAGAAGAAGGUUCCGCAGGCUGUCGAUUGGACGGAAAAGAUCAAACAGAAGAUGAUCAAACGAUAUGGGUUCCAAUCGGUAGACGGAUGCCAGAACAAGUACAAUGUGUAUCACCACUGCUCGAUGUACUGCGUGAAACGUUACGGCGAGGUGGAGUUCGAGAUCGAGAAGGAGUACGAGAAGAGGGUUAAGCGCUUGCUGGAACGCUAUCCACUUCCGCGUCAUUGGCGGAAGGAAUACGACAUCGGAUGCAAGGCAUUCUACUUCUAUAAUAAGGAAACGAGGAUUGUGUCGUGGCUGCCUCCUACACACCCGGACGCCAAAAUGACCAAGAGCGCCAAAGUGCUUCGGAAGGAAUUGAUGGAAAAUGCCAAGAACCAGGAGAACGCCGGCGAAGGUCCACCGAAGGCGGUCAUUGUGGAGAGCUAUCCGCCUCCGCCGAAGCCACCACACAUGCAGCCAAGUCGCGAACCGAUGAUGGGACCUAUGGGCGAGACUCUCAAACCGCCGGUUGUGAAUCCUCCGAAACGACCCCAUCACCCGAACCAGAAGUAUCCAUCGUUCCGGGAUGAGGAUAAGCGACCGCGCAUGGCCGGUGGUCGUUCGGAUCGUGGAAGUGACAGGGACUACGAACGAGAUCGUGAGCGGGAACGGGACAGGGACCGGGACCGUGACCGUGACCGUCGAGAUAGGCGAGGUGGCGAUCGGCGAGACGACAGACGGGAUCGGGAUCGAGACAGAGGCGACCGAGAUCGAGGUGACCGACGGGGAGGUAAAUCAUCGUCCGGGGCACUGGAUCCGAUGGAUCCAGCCGCGUACUCGGAUAUUCCGCGUGGAACCUGGGCCAGCGGUUUGGAAGCAGCAUCCGGGGCCAGUAAGAAGGAAAAGCCCGAGAAGAAGGAAGAUAAACGGAAGGGACCACCCGUUAGAGACGAUGACUCCGAAGACGAACAUGAGGUCCUGAAGGUGGCGCCUAUACAGGAAUUUACCCAGGAAGACGACGACAAGGAUGAAUAAGGUAAGGUGAGAAUUGCCGUGAGUAAUACAUUUAUGUUCUGAUAUUCAA